GGGGCGUGUCCACGGGCGGGGCCCGCCGGGCUGUGGCCGGAAGCGCGGCGGCGUGGCAUUGGCCUGAGGUUCCUGUCUGACGGCUGCGAUGGCGAGCACAGCAACGCCUGCGCCCUCGGCGCCCGCUCAGGCCGGGUCUUCCGAGCUGCUCCGGCACUUGGCGGCGGAGCUGAGGCUGCUAGCGGCCCGGGUGCGGGUCAGCGAGCCCCGCGAGCCCCCCGAGGAGCUCGAUCGCGAGCGGUUUUGGAGGCGACUCAAUGACGCAGCCGUGACUGUGGCUCGGGAAGCCACUACCCUGACCGUGGUCUUUCGACUGCCGCUGCCCUCACCACAGGAAACGAAGGGCAUAUGUGAGCGGGUCCAUGCUGCCGUCAAGGCAGUUACUGCAGUAUACUGUGCACUUCCCAGGGACCAAGGGAUCACCCUGAGAAAGCUGGUACGGGGCACCACUCUGGACAUCGUGGAUGGCAUGGCUCAGCUUGUAGAAGUACUUCUCAUCGCUCCAGCUCAGAGCCCUGAGAACAGUGACCUUAUUUCCUGCAACAGUGUCUGGGAUGCAUGCCAGCAGGUGCCUCAGAUACCAAGAGAUAACAAAGCUGCAGCUCUUUUAAUGCUGACAAAGAGUGUGGAUUUUGUGAAAGAUGCACAUGAAGAAAUGGAGCAGGCUGUGAAGGAGUGUGACCCUCACUUGGGUCUCGCGCAUGACUCUGAGGAGGACAGCUCUGGCGGCUGUGGGGGUGAGGAUGAGGUAUUGGGCUUUCCGAGCAGUCAGGAUGUGCACUGGUCUGAAGAGGACCGAGAGCUCAUUGCCCCGUGCCUCGCGCUGGUGAGAGCAUCCAAAGCUUGCCUGAAAAAGAUCCAGAUCCUAGUGGCAGAGAAUGGCAAGAAGGACCAAGUGGCUCAGCUGGAUGACAUUAUAGACAUUUCUGAGGAGAUCAGCCCCAGUGUGGAUGAUUUGGCUCUAAGCAUAUAUCCGCCUAUGUGUCAUCUGACUGUGCGAAUCAAUUCUGCGAAACUUGUAUCUGUUUUAAGGAAGGCACUGGAGGUUACAAAAGCAAGUCACGUGACCCCAGAGCCAGAAGAUAGUUGGAUCCCUUUACUCAUUAAUGCUGUUGAUCAUUGCAUGAACAGAAUUAAGGAGCUCACGCAGAGUGAAAUUGAAUUAUGAGUUUUCAGAUUCAUUCAUAUUCCCCUGUCUUCCUUUCUCACUGUCGCAUCCAGGCUCUGAUUCUGCUUUUAAAGAUGGACCUAGCAUACUUGCUAAGUGAAAAGAGAGUGCCUGUCUGUAUUUAGCAAGAGGCUCUACUUCAGAAACUGUUGGUUAGGCCAGGUUGGCAAUUAUUUAUAAACCAUGUGAGUGUGAUAAAUUUUUCUCUGCUAGAUAUAAAAGAUCAUUGCAUGAGUUUCUGUUUCUGAAUUGCCUCAGAUUCCUAAGGAAGUUACCCUGUUUCUUAUUCUAUUUCAUAUAUUGUUUUAUUGUUAAAGAUGUUGAUGGUCUCAAUAAAAUGUUAACCAGCUGCUAGCAA